AUGGCUACAGGGACAGGGGAAGGUGGGGGCCACACGGCCCUCGAGAACACCACCGCGACAGCCCUUACGGAAUCAUCGUCGUCUUCCUCCUCCACGAUACCGACGAUCCUGGCUGAAAACACCACCGCGGUUAAUUUGCCUCUGACGGGACCUCAGCAGCCGGGCCUUCAUCAGGUACAGCAGCAGCAGCAGCAGCAACAGGCGCAACAGGCGCAACAGCAAUCACACACACGACCAAGGGUUGACCUGGUCACCGAUCAACCAACGAAUGAUGCCUCGAACACCACCGCGGUUAAUCUGCCUCUGACGGGACCUCAGCAGCCGGACCUUCAUCAGGUACAGCAGCAACAGGCGCAGCAGCAGCAGCAAUCACACUCACGACCAAGGGCUGCCCUGGUCACCGAUCUACCAGCGAAUGAUGCCUCAGAUUGCCAGGCUGCGCUAGCAAAUCUGAAAAAUCAGAACAAGAACUUCACUUCCAGUUUGUCAGAACCAUAG